CAAUGUGAAGUUAAAAAUUAACAGAAAAGCUUGAGUUAAGAAACCUUUGUUACUUUUUCACACGUCAUGAUUUACUUAAAUGACGGACUGCUACCCGGUGUUAAAUGAAGUUAUCGCCAAACCGAAAGUGUUUUGGAUUUGUUGUUGAAGAAGAAUGGCGGGAGUUUUGAGCUACACAGAUGUUCAAAGAAUUCCCAAGUGCCCAAACCAUGAUGUUGGCUGCAUCAUUAAAACUGGAACAAAGAACAAUACAACACAUGGGAAGUCAUUCUACUUGUGCAAUAACACAAAAGAAAGAUGUGCUUUUGCUGAGCCUGCAAGCGAUAUUGAAGCCACUGUAUGUCCUGUUCAUCAGCAGAUGGUAGAAUUAAAAGCAUUUGCAACAAAACAGGAUGGGAUAAGGUGCUAUUUUCGUUGUAUGUAUGGAAAAGAAUUAGGUAGUGCUUGGUGUGGUAACGAAUUGGUUAAAAUGGUUAACAAGGAUGGUGUGGUGAAUCCUAGGGAGAAACUGAAAGACAUUAAAAAUUAUGCACACACUUUAAAAGAGAAACAGAAAAAGGUUUUUAAUGCAUUUGAAGGUCAACAAAAAAGAGUAGAAUCACAUUAUUUCAAGGAUAAAACGACUGUGGAGCAACAAAUAAUCGAAAGUCAACAAUCAAAGCAAUUACAAGGUGACCAUCACUCCCACAGUUCUUUACAAGACAGUCAUGUAGAGGAAUCUAAAGUGUUUCACAUACCGCGGGAUAGUUGUUUAUCAGAAAGUGCCGUAGAACACACUACUAAACUCAGUGAAGAGAAUUUGGCUGACCUUGAUACGUCUCGCUCAGUUUUUCAUAUUCCAAGAAAUGCGCGUAUCAGUGACGUUUCAGAAAAUAGCUCAAUGAAUUCCAGUGCAUCAUCAAAUAAAAGUGCAACAUUUGAUUCAAAUCCUACAGAUAAAAAAUCAAGUUCAAACACAAUAGAAAUUAUAAGUAGUGAUGAAGAAGAUGAGGUAAAAUCAGAGAAUACAAUGGAAUACCACACGUCAAGUAAUCCUGCAAAAAACAUUCUGCAUGGAACAAUUGAGUCAAUUGAGCUUGAAAUCAAAAAACAAACUAAUUUGUUACAAAAGAUUGGUCCACAUGCUCCUGAUGGAGGACAAAAAAUAAGAUCCAAUAUUGACUUAUUGAAUUCAAAAUUAAGGGAAAUGAAAAUGCACGGACAUCAAAAAGUAUUACCGCAAGCUCCACUGAAGAUUGCCUUGCCAUCAAUGGCAGCUCCAGUACCACAUUCUGUGAUAAACAUUGGAUAUGACCAUCCAGGAAGUCUGUAUAAUUUAGCUCAAAACCGAUCAGCCCCACUUUUUGGUGGCCGAAUGACAGAGACCAGACUAAAAGAAGUCGGUAGGAUUACAAAAGGAGCAAUUGAACAGCUGCACAAGUCACUUGAUACUUGUCCUGCUUCUGCAGAGGAAGCAGAAGACCCGAUUGGCUUGUGUGUGACAUUAAUGACUCAUCAAAGACAAGCAAUGGCUUGGUUGCUAUGGAGAGAAAAACAAAUCCCCUCUGGAGGAAUACUUGCUGACGAUAUGGGACUUGGAAAAACAUUAACCAUGAUCUCACUUGCCUUAAAAAGCAAACAAGACAAUACUAGUAAAAUUCAAGAACUAGGGUCGGAUUCAACAUUGCAGUUUUCAAGAUGUACUGUGGUGAUAUGUCCGGCUUCACUGGUUCAUCAGUGGCACAAAGAAAUCGAGAAAAGAGUGAAAAAACUACAAUUGCGUGUUUGUUUAUAUCAUGGUUCUAACAGAGAAAAAAGAGUGAAAAGAUUAGCAGCUCAUGACAUUGUUCUAACUACGUACAACAUAGUUAGUAUAGAAGGCAAACCAUUUGUUGAAAAGGAGAAGGAAAAACCAAAGGCUGGCUUAUCAGAAUGGCUAGAUUCCACUGCUCCGAAGAAACUGGAAGAAGGACCCCUGUUUAAAAUAUUUUGGAGGCGUAUAAUAUUAGAUGAAGGUCACAAUAUUAAAAACCACAAAACUGCUACCUCUAUAGCUAUCUGUGCUCUUGAAGGAGAGAGUCGUUGGAUAGUAACAGGAACCCCUAUACAAAACCAAACGAUGGAUUUGUACUCACUUGUAAAAUUUCUUCGAGUCUCUCCCUUUGACGAACUAAAAGUUUGGAAGAGAGAGGUGGACAAUAAGAACGCGAGUGGAACGAAAAGAAUGAAUUCUAUUGUCAACAGCAUUUUGUUGCGCCGUACAAAAGACCAAACUGAUUCAAAGACAGGCAAACCCAUAGUGUCGUUACCGAACCGCAGUAGUGUUUUGCACAAACUAGAAUUAUCAAAAGAUGAAAUGGCUGUUUACGAAGUCCUCCAAAAAUUCUCGAAGAACAUGUUCACACAAUUUUUGGACACUCGCCAUGGCGGUCACUCCACAACGUCUCAACCGAGAAGAUCUUCUAGUGAUGAAAUGCCGACCACUGUUCUGGGAAUGGAUAUUGACAAAGCUCUGUCUGUGUUUGGCUUAAGAGGUGUGAACGCUGUAAAUGCUGGAUGUCUUCUAGUGCUUGUGUUAAGAUUGCGGCAGUGCUGUGGACACCUCAGUUUAAUGUGUGAUGCUUUGGAUAGUGAAUUAUGUAAAACAGAAGGUAUCGAUUUACCAUUGGAUGAACAGUUUGGAAAUCUUUCUAUUGAUGCAGAUAGUCCAUUGUUUAAAGAAAGUCGACCAGUUCAACUGCAGCCAACUUAUAAGAGUACCAAGAUAUCAGCAUUACUGGAUUGUCUCAGAGAGAUAAGUAAAAAACCAACUGAAGGAAAAAGCGUUAUUGUAUCGCAAUGGACUCGCAUGCUAGACACAAUAGCGUAUCAUUUGAAGAAUGAAGGAUUUAACUUUGAGUUUAUUACUGGAAGUGUGAACGCGAAAAAACGAUCGGAGUUAGUGGAGUUGUUCAAUACUGAGAGAAAUCCACAGGUUAUGUUAGUGUCUCUAAAAGCUGGUGGUGUUGGCUUGAAUUUGAUUGGUGGAAAUAAUCUAUUUUUACUUGAUCAGCAUUGGAAUCCUGCUUUAGAAGAACAGGCGUGUGAUAGGAUAUACCGAGUUGGCCAGAAAAAAGAUGUCGUUAUUCAUAGAUUUUUGUGUGUGAACACAGUUGAGGAGAGGAUUGUGCAGUUGCAAGAAAAAAAGAAAUCGAUCGCCAACAGUGUUUUAUAUGGUGGAAAAUCACAGAAACUUACCCUUGAUGAUCUCAAGACAAUAUUUGGGUUAUCGAGGUAACGAAAUCAAACUAUCGAGGCAAUCAUUGACCAGUGAUGACUAUGGGACAUUUACAAAUCACGUCCUUUCUAUUUUUCGUUUUGUUCGUUAAAAAGUAUCAACAAGUUGUAAAAAUCCGUGUAUAAGCCCACUUAUAGACGACAAGUCCGGCGAAUUCGUUGCUUUUUUAAAGGGAUGCUUUAUAUUAAAUUGUUGUACCCCAAUUUGGCCUUAAAUUAAUACUUCUUUGUGUUCGCUCGUCUUGUAAACAAACAUGCCGACUGAAUCCUUCCCGACCUCUCUGUCCGUCGAGAAGGUUAUUGACAAAAGUUGGCGCUAAUUUUGUGUGUAGUUUUGUAAUUUGUGUAUAAUCUAUACAUGUAUUUAUACGUAAAAAAAUAUUUUUUGUUAAAAA